UGCCCGCCGAGUGUUGCCUCAGUUACAAUCACCCUCCGAGCUCCUCUUAACUAAUGUUACAUUUCUUGUGGGAGGGACGCGAGCCCUAUAUCCUUGUACCCUCACAGGCCUUAUAUCGUCUUAUACUGCCCAGCCCAACCCUUAAUCCCUGUAUCCCCCCCAGACCCUAUAUCGUCCCUCUAGAUAAGCGGACCAGUGGAGCGUACCCUGAGACGUCCUCGGUGCAGGCCCCUGCUGCUCUUCCUUGGUCGGCUAUGAAGGUUUUGCUGUUCUGAAAAAUUAAGAUCUUUGCUAUGGCCUCUUCAGAGAACCAAGUUGCUUUAAGGAACCUGAAGCAAGACGGAAUAAGCCAGCUGGUGGACCCUCAACAUGCCUCAAAGGCUCUCUCUACUGAUCUUGUUAAUCUUGCAAAGGAAGUGCAAAAGGCGGAUUCCUUCGUUCGGGCGAACGUGGGCAACAAGCUCCAAGUCAUCGUGGAACAGAUCCGGUUCCUGCAGGCACAGGCUGAAAAGGUGCUGGGCGAAGCCAAACGUGACAACGACAUUCACCACAUUGCCUGCAACUGCAAGAAGAUACCGGGAAACAUGUACUUCAUGUACGAGCGCCCGGGAGGACAGCGCUAUAUGUCCCUUAUAUCACCACAGGAGUGGGGCAGCGCCUGUCCGCACCCAUUCAUCGGCGCCUACCGUCUGGAGAACGACAUGUCGUGGACGCCGGAGGAGGAGACAAAGACGCGCGCCUCUGAUGAGGCGCUCAUCGAGCAGAUCCUGCACAACAAGCGCGUGCUGGCCAUCGCUCAGCCGGAGCCGGCCGCGGACGCGCCCUGACGACGCCGCUGUCGCGCUGAUGGCUAGGGGAGGGGUAGGGGUAGACCAGUAUGCACAACAUUGUUUCAUGUAUGUGUGUUCGGCUGAAUUAAGCGGCUCGUGGCUCGUGUUAACGAAGUGACGUAUAAUUGUCUAACACUCAGGGUUCCUUGGCGUAGGUGAUGGGCUGUAUGAGUCAGUUGGCAGCUGCUAAGCCUGUUCACAUCUGGUCACGGGCCUGUGGAACCGGGCUGUCCGAUGCUGUGGAGUAGGGUGACAACCUAGGAGGCUCUCUCCCAGGAAGCGUACGCUCACAAGACCUACGCCUAGAAGACCUACGCUCACAAGACCUACGCCGAGGAGACCUGCGCUCACAGGACCUACAUCCAAGAGACCUACAGCGACGUCAUUCACACGUUAUCGAGUCACUUGCCGCGCUUGUCACCACGUUUCGUGGAGGGAUGAACGAAAGCGUACUGUCACGGAUACCGUCAAGUCAUGCGCAUGUCAUGCCGAUACCGUCAAGUCAUGCGCAUGUCAUGCCGAUACCGUCAUGUCAUGCGCAUGUCAUGCCGAUACCGUCAAGUCAUGCGCAUGUCAUGCCGAUACCGUCAAGUCAUGCGCAUGUCAUGCCGAUACCGUCAAGUCAUGCGCAUGUCAUGCCGAUACCGUCAUGUCAUGCGCAUGUCAUGCCGAUACCGUCAUGUCAAGCGCACUAGAUACCGUUGCGCGUCGGUACACCACGCCGCCGUCGACGUAAGAGGCUGCAUUAUUAAUAUCUUACAGAGGAGCCACAAUAACGGGCGCUCAGUUCUUUUUUUCGUGCCAGCAGACCAAACCAUCUUGCGAAUGCAACCUUCAUGAAAUUAUCCCUGACUGCCCCGUGGUUCCUAUCUACGUGGAACGUUGCAACCAUCCAUCCGAACGAAUAUUAUGAAACGCAUUAUGCCGUGCUCUCGCAAAUUUAAGAAUGAAGUUAGCCUUAUGAUGUUUUGGACCUCUUGAAGCUGGCCGGCACGAGUUGGCCCAGGGGCGGGACAAUGAUGGACCAUGACUUGACACCCGAGGGUCCGAACAGAUGAUCUGGAGUCCCCAUGCCGCGCUCUGGUGGAGCAAGCUGGGAACGGAUUAAGUGCGCAAGGAAUGGGAUCGGCUUUGCCGUAAGCGGGGAUGGGAGGGGAAGGAAAGUGCGUAGAACACGUCUUUCCUUACUCACGAGGCCUCCACUUUCAAUGUGCGUUCAAGUAACGACUACCGCAGACUGCCCGAUGUUUUGAUCGAAUGUGGCUCGCAGCGAUGCGGACCCGUGGGUGUGGCAACAUGUUUUGCGUGCGUACGCUUUACCCCAUUCGCACUGGGUUUUGCAUGUGCUGUCAUUAAUUUCCAUCUUGUUUUUAAAUGUCCAAUGGACAGGUGACGGCGUGCGUCAUCUCAAGUGAAUUGCAAUGACACACCAUUACGCAGGCUGGCCGUCGUUUGAGGUGACAGGAAUGCCACAUCUCGUGUGUACGAACUGCAUGUGCCGACACAUUUUGUCCGAGGGAUGUGUAGUGCAUGCUUAGGGGUAUGUACGUUUCCUGUUGGGUUUGACGAUGCUCGGUAUAUGACGGGGUGUUUGGGAAGUGCUUCACGAACUGGAUUAUCGCCAUGCCAUUGGGGAGUGGACUCCCCAGCAAGAGUUUGUCAUUUAACAACUCGCUGAACAUUUUAAUACACAAUAUUUGUGACAGAUUGG